GGUAGAAACACUGAAUUGAUGUUCAACUUGAAAAUGUCUACAAUACAAACUUAUAACCAAAUGGUACUUUUUUACAUAUCCAUUAAUUAAUUAUAGAGAAAAGUGUCAAAUAGGUCCACCUACUUUAGGCGAAAAGUCAAUUGAGUCCAUCUACUAAUUUUUCAACCAAUUGAGUCCACAUUGUUUAAAAGAAGAGUCAAAUCCGCCUUUUAGCCGGUAGCACGCAGGUUAGCCCGUUUCCCGCUUAUGUGGCAUCUGACGUGGAAGAUGAAUAAAAAUUAUUAAAAAAAAAACCUUUCUCCUCGUCAGCCUUACAAACGAAAUGAGUGAAGUUCAUCUGCGACUAUUUUAGAAAGAACCCUAGCCAUUUAGUUCUUAUCUUCUUAUCUAUGGAACGAAAAUGGUUGUUGCAUCAUCAUCGACUUCCAGUACGAGAAGAGGAUGGAACUUCACUCUCGAUUACAAGCCACCAGUGUAUUGCUUUUGUGGACUGAAAGCUCCUCUUUGUGUUUCGAGACAAAGUGGGAGUAAGUUCUAUGAGUGUCAAAAAUGGAAGGUUCAUGGGUGUGGCUAUUUUGCCUGGGCGGAUAGUAUGGAAAGCAGAGGGGUGGCCAACGUUGAAGGGAUGAAUGAAAAUGCAGAUGAUUUGAUGUUCAUGAUUUCAAGAGUUGGUGAACAAUUAAGUGCUCUACAAGGCCAAGUGAAUGGUGUGAGAAAGGUACUUCAAGCAGAUGCAAAGGAUACCAAAAUGUUUAGGAACCUUUGUGGAAUUGGUUUGGUUAUAGUAGUUGGUUUACUGGGAAUGGUUUUUUAUAAGUUGAGUACUAUGUAGUGAGAAACGUUGUGUAAUAAUGCAUUGUACUGGUAAUGGUUUUUUGUAAGUUGAGUACUAUGUACUAAGUUUACUGGAAAAAGUAGCUGGCUUGUGUACUGGAUGUAGUUGAAACAUCGUGUAAUAAUGCAAGAGUAUUAAUUGAUGGACUCCCC